AUGAAUUAAUCUCCCUCAAAAUAGCAAUUAGACGGCAAAGAUUAGGAUAAAAAUAAGAACAAAGAUAAACUGAACAAAUAAGGCAAGGAAGCUGAUGAAGAUGAAAAAAUCCCUGAGACUGAGGAGGAAAUGCAAAAAAGAGAGAAAGAGGAUGACUAGGACCUGAAAGCUUUAAAAGAAAAAUUAAGGAAAUUAUAGGAAAGGUAACCUCCCAAGGACAAGGAUGAACUUAUUGAUCACUUAAUGGAGCGUCUAGAGCAAGCUGAAUAAGCAAUUCUAGCAGCUGAGGAAGUAAUUACACAUGAAAGACAGAAUAGAAAGGUCAUUAGCAAGAAACUAAAGGCCAAGAAUAAUGAGUUACGUAUUCUAGUGGAAAAGGAGAAAAAGACUCUGAAGGAUAAAGUCCAUGAUGAACUUGAAAUCACAUUGUAAUAAGCUCUGAAAGAAAAGCUUUUAGCUGAACAAAAGUUAGAAGAAGCUGAAAGUGUUAUGAAAGAAAGAAAUUCAAUGUUUGAAGAGAUUGAUAGAAUACACAUGCAGUUAAGAGAGCAAUAUAGACAGAGUGAGAAGAUUUCCGCAGAGCAAUAAAAGGUGAUUGAAAAUUUAGAAGAGGAGCUGACAGCAACUAAGGAGGAAAGAGAUUAUCUCCAAAAUCUAAGUGAUUAAAGGCAAAAGACUAUUGAUAAACAAAAUGCAGACCUUGAUGAAGCUUAUGGUCUUAUUACUAAAAUGGAAGAAUCUAGAAUAGUCUUGAAUAAGUUACUUGGUCCUAAUGGACUGAUUACUGAAAGAGAAAGGUAAAAAUUCCUGAAGAAUAGUGGUCAAGACAACUCUUACGAUGUCGGUCCAUCAUAAGGUAUGGGAAAUAAUAACGGAAGAGUUCCAUAAUAAAAUGCUGCAAAGGGUCCACCAGGUUUGCAAGGUCAUCCCUUUGCCUAUGAGGGGUCAACAUAAAUAGGUUCUGCAGCUAAACUAAAGUCUCUGAAUCAGUUCGGAGGUAACGUAUAAGUAGCAGCUACAUUACAUGAUGAUGCAAACGAGGAUGACUUCUGGUAUCAAGCCCCUAAAAAUGGAGGAGAUAACUUUGGGCCUGCAGGGAACAUUGGUUCAUCUGGGGAGUACUAAGGUUAUGUUAAAAAUACCAAUCUUCCUCCAUCUGCUGGAGGUCUCAGAACAAACAGUAGAAAGCAGGGCGGAGCAGGUUAGAGAUUUUGA